AUGAGUCGUCUGAGCAUUACACAGCAGAAUUCACAAAUUGAGCUCUUUGUGAAUAGACUGGACUCAGUAGAAUCAGUACUACCUUAUGAAUACGAUGCUUUUGACUUCUGUCAAGAUGAGAGAGAAAAAAGACCUUCAGAAAAUCUUGGACAAAUCCUGUUUGGGGAGAGAAUAGCAUCAUCGCCAUAUAAGUUUACAUUUAAGAAAGAGGAAAUAUGCAAGGUAGCUUGUACAAAAUCAUAUGACCCAACAAACAGUAUCGACAAAAGUAAACUGACUUUUUUGAAGAAAGGAAUGCAAUUGAAUUAUCAACAUCACUGGAUUAUUGAUAAUAUGCCUGUAACAUGGUGUUAUGAAGUGGAAGCGGAACACAAAUACUGUAAUCCAGGAUUUCCAAUAGGAUGUUUUAUUACUACAGAUGGCAGAGUUAAAGAUGCUUGCAUUAUCGAUUCUCAGUUUCACAAGAGGGACACUUUCUACCUCUUCAACCAUGUUGACAUUACAAUCAUGUACCAUAGUGGGAAAGAUGAAAGCUGGCCUGGAGCAAGACUGGUAAUGGCAAAACUGGAUCCAAAAAGUUACAAACAUACAGAUAAAAACCAUUUAAAUUGUGGAGGUCCCCCUAUGGAGAUACCUGGUAAAUUCACAGACAAACUGGAUUUGAUCUACACUUAUUCUGUGAAAUUUCAAGAAAAUGAUGUCAAGUGGGCUUCCAGAUGGGACUACAUUUUGGAGUCUAUGCCACAUACCAACAUUCAGUGGUUUAGUAUAAUGAAUUCCCUCGUAAUUGUUCUCUUCUUAUCUGGCAUGGUGGCUAUGAUCAUAUUGAGGACUCUUCAUAAAGAUAUUGCAAGAUACAACCAGAUUGACUCUUCUGAGGAUGCACAGGAAGAAUUUGGUUGGAAGUUGGUUCAUGGAGAUGUAUUUAGACCUCCAAGGAAAGGAAUGCUGUUAUCUGUCUUUUUGGGUCAAGGAACGCAAAUUUUCAUUAUGACCUUUAUUACUCUUUUUCUAGCUUGCCUUGGCUUUCUUUCUCCUGCCAACCGAGGAGCUUUGAUGACCUGUGCAGUUGUACUGUGGGUUUUGUUGGGAACACCUGCUGGUUACGUAUCUGCUAGAAUGUAUAAGACAUUUCGAGGUGAAAAGUGGAAGACAAAUGUUUUGUUGACAGCUCUGUUGUGCCCUGGAAUUGUCUUUGCUGACUUCUUCAUUAUGAAUCUUAUUCUGUGGGUGAAGGGAUCAUCGGCUGCAAUCCCCUUUGGCACACUGGUUGCUAUCCUGGCAAUGUGGUUUGGAAUUUCUGUCCCAUUAACCUUCAUUGGUGCAUAUUUUGGAUUCAAGGAAAAGCCUAUUGAACACCCAGUACGUACAAACCAGAUUCCUCGUCAGAUUCCGGAGCAGUCGUUUUUCACAAAGCCAUUGCCUGGUAUUAUCAUGGGUGGCAUCUUGCCAUUUGGUUGUAUUUUUAUUCAGCUUUUUUUCAUUCUAAAUAGCAUUUGGUCCCAUCAAAUGUACUACAUGUUUGGUUUCCUGUUCUUAGUAUUUAUAAUUCUUCUUAUUACGUGUUCUGAGGCUACAGUCUUGCUGUGCUAUUUCCAUCUAUGUGCCGAGGAUUAUAAUUGGUGGUGGAGAUCGUUCUUAACAAGCAGCUUUACAGCCGUCUAUCUUUUUAUCUAUGCGGUUCAUUACUUCUUCUCUAAACUCCAAAUAACAGGAACUGCUAGUACCAUUUUAUAUUUUGGGUAUACUAUGAUCAUGGUUUUGAUAUUUUUUCUUUUUACAGGGACGAUUGGAUUUUUUGCCUGCUUCUGGUUUGUUAGUAAGAUUUACAGUGUUGUGAAAGUGGACUGAAGAAUUUCAAAGUGUCUUUGGAACAUAUCUUCCUGGCUGUGAUAUAUUUUUUCUUCAUAUUGAGAAACCUACUGCGCAGUUAUUUUUAAACGUAAAAGCUGUAUCACAGCCUGUAUGGCAGAACAUACAGGUUUAUGUAUGGAAGUAGCAGCAUUGGAAAACACUUACGCUCUUCAUAUUCUUCCUGCAAAUGUUAAUCUGUUCUAAUCACUUCAUAAAAAUACUAUAUCCAAAGUCUGAUUUAAAACAAAUGAUGCAAUGAAACCUUUUUUUUAAAGAUAGUGCAUUUAUAUAUUUUUCCACCUGAAAUUUCCUGUGACUUUUUGGUUACUUUCCUUUUAACUCUUACCAAUUAUAUCAUCAAAGCAUAGGACUGUCCAGUAAAUACUGUGUAAAAAAUGUGAAUUUUUUAACUUAAAACUGAUUGUACAUAAUAUUGUGCAACUUCUUUACAGCUUGUUUAUCAUCUUUCAGAAGAACAUGCAAUUAGUGUAAUGUAGAAUUUUGUUAAGGAUGUCAGCACUGUUUUUCUUCAAAUAAAACUGCACACCUCUGGCUGA